AUGUCCAAUCUUAAGCAUCAAUUCAAAAUUUUAAGCAUAACUGGGGAGAACUUCAUAACCCGGAACAACAAUUUAAUAGAGUACCUUUCAUGUGAGGGACUUAACAAAAUCCUUGAAGGAGACAAUUCUGGAAAAACAACAGAUGACCCAGAAGAAAUGGAAAAGAAAAAGUCAAAAGUUAACAGAAUAAUAAAGCACCAUCUUGACGAUGGAUUGCAAACAGAAUACUCAAAUGCUAAAGAUCCCAAGAUUUUAUGGGACAAAAUUAAAGCAAGAUUUGGACAUCAGAAGAAAGUCCUGUUACCCUCAUUAAUGGAUCAGUGGAACAAGUUAAGGUUCCGAGAUUACAAAACUGCCAUUGCAUAUAAUUCUGCUAUGCACCAGAUUAUAGCAAAGCUAGAAUUUUAUGGCAAAACUAUAACUGAAAAAGAAAAGUUGGAAAAAACUUUUUCAACUUUCCAUGCAUCUCAGGUAUUAUUGCAACAACAAUAUAGAAUGAGGGAAUACACUGAGUAUUUAGAUUUAGUUGCAGCUCUUCUGGUGGCAAAACAAAAUAAUGAGCUCCUUAUAAAAAACCACCAGGCACGACCCACAGGAACAAUGCCAUAUCCUGAAAUUAAUGCCACGACCUUUAAUCGUGGGCGUGGUGGCUUUAAUUGUCUUAAGAGACGUGGUGGUCAUGUUCGUUCUGAUGGUAAUAAUGGUCAUGCUCGUUUUGAUGGUCAAAAUCAAGGAGGAUAUCAUGGUCGAAACCUUUUCCAAGGUCGAAACUACGUGGUAGAGGACGUGGACGAGGUCAUAUGA